GUCGUCGUCGUCGUGUUUAUGCGUCACAUUGUUGUGUGAUCUGUCUUGUUGCUGCUGCUACUACUGCCGUCAAGUUAAAACUAGCGGAUCGUCGUCUGUCGUGAUUAGUGCGUGCCCCGUACCCCAAGAAAUCUCUCCGAGGAUCGCGUAUCAGGAGUCGCGACGCCGUACGCUGCACCACAAUGACGGAAUCAGGCCCAUAUAACUACUCCUAUAUCUUCAAGUACAUAAUCAUCGGGGACAUGGGCGUUGGAAAAAGUUGCUUACUCCAUCAGUUCACGGAGAAGAAAUUCAUGAGCGACUGCCCCCAUACGAUCGGCGUAGAGUUCGGAACGCGGAUAAUCGAGGUUGCGGGCCAGAAAAUCAAACUGCAAAUCUGGGAUACGGCAGGUCAAGAGCGUUUCCGAGCUGUCACCCGGAGCUACUACCGUGGCGCGGCUGGCGCUCUGAUGGUGUACGAUGUGACACGUCGAUCCACGUACAAUCAUUUAAGCAGUUGGCUCACGGAUGCAAGGAAUCUAACGAACCCCAACACCGUGAUAUUCCUCAUCGGUAACAAAAGUGAUCUGGAAGCCCAACGGGAAGUACCGUACGAGGAAGCGAAACAAUUCGCCGACGAAAAUGGCCUCAUGUUCUUGGAAUGUUCGGCGAAGACGGGCGACCGCGUCGAAGACGCCUUCUUGGAGACGGCCCGGAAGAUCUAUCAGAACAUCCAGGACGGAAAUCUCGACCUCAAUGCGGCAGAAUCUGGAGUACAGCACAAACCCCAGACGCAGAACACGCUGCUAGGAAACAUCCAGGACAAGAAAGAGUCAUGCAAUUGUUGAGCGCCUCGCCCUCUCGUACAGGACUACAUUGUUCACCCGACCCUCUUAGAGUGGCUCCGGCCUUUUUUUUCACGGAAUCCACCCAGCGUCUCGCCACGCGGCCUGAGCCCGCGAGCUGUAGGCUCCCGCAACGGCUCAUGCUUUUCCUUCUUUACGGUGGAUUCCCUCCGUCGAGGACAGUGACCGACUUCGGGUCAGGUUCUCUUUGUAAAACGUGUAAUUAUUGAGUUAACACUGAUGCUGAGGAAUAGAUUGAGGUGGGGCACAGACGCAAGAGAGGAGGAUUAGCAGGGGACAAUUGUUGGCGUAGCAAUGUUUCUAUAGAGCUCAUUGAGAUGGGAUUAAUUGAGAUGGCCGACUCUGAUUUCUCGCCGUUUCGUUUCUAUGGCUUCUUUCCUAGAUUAAGAUCAAUCACGCCGGAGUUUGUUGGAAGUUGCCAACGAGAUGAUCACCAGAUGAUCAUCGUAAUCAUCAUCAUCAUAAAAAUAUAUAAGCGGACCCUGUUCACUGUUGCGCUCUUUUGAACUAAUAUAUUUGACGACAAAUGCAUAUACAGUACGAUUCACACGAGCGAUUUUCGGAUUAGUGAAAAUAUAAUCGGAUCUGCUUCGUUUCAUCCAUCCCUCUUCCAUCUGUCCGGAAUUCCUUCGAACAAUGACAACAAGUUUCCGUCGGUUCCCGGCUGUCUCUCUCUCUCUACAUCAGAAUAAAGGCAGAAGCCCGCUUUGAUUUU